AUGAUGCUAGUUACUGGUGCUCUGUUCAUUUUUAUUUGUUCACGGUUGGCUAUUGUGAUACAUCCAAAUCCACUACCACAAAAUACUACACAAAGUGGUGACACUUCUAGUGUUUACGGAACUCCUGUGGAAUACUCAAAACUGAUAGGAAGUGAGAGUACUGAAUCAGCCACAUAUUUGACGUCUACAGGAUCUACUGAGUAUGCGGACGUAUCUCUGACAACAUACAUCGAUUACAGUGAGCCAGCUUCUUCUGAACACCUAUUGGCUUCCACUACCCAGUCAUCUACUAGUCUCAGUACACCCGAAACGGUUUUGACGAUAGUCACAAGUCCUUCCACCAAUGCUUUCAAUCCCUCUGAAUUUUCAACAUCCAAUAAGAAUGAGAAUAUACUUGUUGAAAAUGCUUCAUCACCAUCAACCACUCCAUUUUCUUCAGAUGUGAAAUCAGUUGAUCGCCAGGAAGAUUUUGAUACUUUCGAAGAUGACAGUUUUCAAUCCAUUGAUGUGUCAUCUCACACUGAAACUACUGAUCCAGGUAGUAUGACACAGAAUUCCACUACAGCAUCCGAAGCUACUACAAGCCAUCCAACCACUCAGUCAACCUCCACGUCGGCACAACCUAAAACCACAAUACAUUUAACAACAAUAACAACUGAUGCUUCUCAUAAUUCGACUUCAUCCACCUCCACAACAGUUAUUCCUGAAGUUAUGCCUAGUUCGACAGCUACUAAAUUUUCCAUCAAGAAUGGUAGCACUUAUUGCCUUCUAUUACAAACUGAAAUGAUAUUCGAGAUUUAUUAUAAUACUGAGAAACAGACGAAAUCCUACAAAUUGUCUCAACCUAAUGCUACGGUAAUCAGUAAUGAAAGUGAAUGUACCGAAAGCUAUGCAAAAUUAUCACUGGAUGUUACGCCGAAAAAUUUAAAAGUCAAUUCUACAUGGAAGUUAACAUUUUCAUUCAUUCAUGAAGCUAAACAUAACAACAUAUCAAAGCAUAAUGAUUCCGGUAUUUAUUCAUUGGAUAAAUUACAAUUCGAUUAUUACUUAGAUGAAACAUUAUUCCCAGACACUUCACCAACUGUCAAACAUGUCAGUUUGUCCAAGAAUGUUAGCGUAUUUCAAAUACCUGUCGGAUCAUAUUAUUCAUGUAUCAAUGGAGAGGAAUUCGACCUGGCUGAAAAUAUGAAAAUGCCUAACAGCUGCAAAAUAUACAUGAAAAAAUUCAAAGUGCAAGCAUUCAUGAAUAAUGCUAAUGAGGUGUUUUAUGGGAAUUCAAAGUCGUGUGCUUCAGAUAUUGGUGUUAACAAUGCUAUACCGAUUGGAGUCGGUGUUGCACUAAUUAUAUGCAUUGUUGUCGCUAUCACUGUAUUCGUUAUAUUUAGCAGACGUAAUCGACGAAGAUACAGCACACUUUGA